GAAAAUAAAUAAUAAUUCCCAUAUGUUUAUCGCAUAAUAAUUAUUAUGGGAAUGGUGAAUGUUACGAAGGGAAUUUUAGUUGAGUGUGAUGCAGCGAUGAAACAAUUUCUUCUUCACUUGGAUGAGACUUUUGCUCUAGGAAGAAAAUUUAUAAUUCAAGAUCUCGACGAGAAACAUCUUUUUAUAUCAGCUGACAUUUUGGAGACCCUGCAGGCUAAAGUGGAUGAUCUUAUGGACCAAAUAUCUUUUCCACUGGCUGACAAGGGAUUGUGAAUAAUUAACUGUAUAUAAAUAAA